AUGACUCACGCAGGGCUGUUAGCAUGGUACGCUGGUCUUCUCGCCAGCGCCGCCGCACCGCACUUCUCAUUGGCAGUUUCCCUUCGCUCUGGCACAGCGGCGUCUCAUCAAAACAGUCUCCGCACAAAUUUAUUUGCAUUCAGCCAAGAUUCGCCCACGGCGCCCGCAGCCGAUGAGAAGACUGGAGAUUGCCUGGCCAUCAUAAACAAGCUGAGGAGCGAAAAUCUCAAGAAUCUGUUGGGAACGCUCACCGAGGCAAAUGACGGAGAGGUGACUGCAAGCUUGACGACGAUUGACGUAACAGGAGCAGAUGGACUUACUGCCAAGAAAAUUGCAUCAAAGCUUGCAGGUGAAAAUGUGGAGACAUGUGACUUGGGCGAAAACGCGAAUGCGAAAACGUAUCCCGGACUCGUCAUUCCAUUCGCGCCGUCCACGCAGGUCGACUGCAAUGCUUUGAUCCAGGCGACUUACACAGCCGGACUCGACCAUCUCAAACAAUCGAACUUCGAUCCCUCAACGGGGACAUAUGAUGCUACGAAAGCUCCAUUUGAUAAAGUAGACGCCAGCAAUGUGGCGUUUCUGUUGUCCGCGAAAAGCACAAAGGUCUCAUGCGCCGCCACCAACAACUGCAGUGCAGGCCACAACGUUUUAUUCUGCUACUUCAUAGAGCCACUUCAAACUGGAGAAAAGCCUUUCACAACUGAGCUUUAUAAUGCUCUUUGGGGAUUGGAAACAGGCUCAGCGUCCAUCUCGGUUCCCAGCGUCGCCACCGUCCUUCUCGUCCUCGCCUUGAUCAUUCGGACUUGA